UUGGGGGGUGUUGAGGUGAUGCAGGUCCCCCAGUCAUCCAAGUGGAGAAGCCAGCUAACAACGAGUGGCUUUGCCUGCUGAAUCCCGCCACCACACUCAUCCCUCUGUUGCUCCCUCCAUCUCUGAUGGCUCUAUGGGGUGUCGUCAGCCUCAGCCUUCACUGCUGGGUGUGUUUACAGUCAGCGGUAGCAGAAGCUGCAGUGGCAACAGCCAGCCUCCCCAAUGACAAACCUGGAGGUCCGCUGGACUGGCUCCUGUCUGAUAAGGGGCCCUUCCACCACUCCCCUGAAUACAUCGACUUCGUGGAGAAGAACCGGCAAGGCUUCUCCACCAGAUACAAGAUAUACAGGGAGUUUGGGAGAUGGAAGGUGAACAACUUAGCAGUGGAAAGGAGAGACUUCCUGGCAUCUCCGUUACCUCUGACUCCUGACUUCAUCCGGAACAUUCGACUCCUGGGCCGCAGACCCAUCACCCAGAUGAUCACUGACAAUCUGAUCAGAAAGUAUGGCACUCACUUUCUGAUGUCAGCUACACUAGGAGGAGAAGAAGCUUUAACGAUCUUUGUGGACAAAAGGAAACUGAGUAAGAAAGCGGAAGUGACUGGGGGAGCGGAAGUGAGCGAUUACUCUGGGAACUCCUCCACUGUGACCCUGGAAGCUCUGCACCAGCUGGCCGCCUCCUACUUCAUUGACAGGGAGAGCACCCUGCGAAAGCUGCACCACAUCCAGAUCGCCUCCACUGCAAUCAAGGUGACAGAAACCCGCACAGGUCCUCUUGGAUGCAGUAACUAUGACAACCUGGACUCCGUCAGCUCUGUGCUGGUUCAGAGUCCUGAAAACAAAGUUCAGCUACAAGGGUUGCAGGUGAUCCUUCCGGACUACCUGAGGGAGGGUUUUGUGCAGGCGGCUCUUAGCUACAUAGCCUGUAAUGGAGAAGGAGAAUUUGUGUGCAAGUUUGGUGACUGCUGGUGCACCUGUGACCCCAAGUUCCCAGAAUGCAACUGCCCCUAUAUGGACAUUCAAGCAAUGGAAGAGAGCCUGCAGAGGAUCACAGAGACGUGGGGAAUGCUCUACAAAGAGUUUGAAGAAUCUGAUGAAUUUAAGGCAUUCUUUUCGAGGCUUCCUCAGAACUAUUUCUUGAAUGUGUCAACCAUCCAACACUUGUGGUCACUGGACAGCCUGUUCCAGUGGCGAUAUGAGCAGCUGGAGAACAGCAUGCGGGUCCUUUCCAAACGAGCCCAGAGAGUAAUCUUCAAACUCUUCAGUCUGAGUAAAAGGUGUCAUCGUCAGCCCUACGUCCGUCUGCCGCGGGAACGGCCUCGGUCAUACUGGCUGAGUCAUUUCCAAUCUCUGCUGUACUGCUCGGAGAACAACCAGCUUGGUGUAUUCUCUGAGGAGCUCCACAGCUGCAGCUGUCGCUACGAGAACAGCCUGUGUCAACUGCCUCCACCCUGCUCCGUUGGGGAAGGCUCGGCUUGUGUGGCGUGUGCAACAGACAACCAUACCCGCUGCGGGAGCUGCAGCCCGGGUUUUGCUCUGGUGCAGGGAGUCUGCAGGGCCAUGGUUGCAGACUCGACGGAGAACUACCUUGGAUUUGAGACAGAUCUCCAGGAUUUGGAGCUGGGGUACCUUCUGCAGAGAGCUGACCGCAGGCUGGAGGUCCAUGCCAUCUUCAUCAGCAAUGACAUGCGACUCAACAGUUGGUUUGACCCGUCCUGGAGAAAAAGGAUGCUGCUGACACUGAAGAGCAACAAGUACAAGUCAAACAUGGUCCACAUGCUGCUGGGGAUAUCCCUGCAGGUCUGCCUUACAAAGAACAGCACUCUGGAGCCUGUCCUGACACUCUAUAUCAACCCCUUUGGAGGUAGCCAUUCAGAGAGCUGGUACAUGCCCAUCGAAGAGGACAGUUUUCCUGAUUGGAAAGCCACCAAACUGGACUUACCACUUGAGUGCUAUAACUGGACUUUGACACUGGGAAACAAGUGGAAAAUGUUCUUUGAAACCAUCCAUAUCUACCUUCGGAGCAGGAUAAAGACUCAGGAUGGAGUGAAUGAUAGCAUUUACUAUGAGCCUUUAGAAAUGACAGAUCCUGCUAGGAACCUGGGCUACAUGAAGAUCAACAGUAUCCAGGUUUUUGGCUACAGCAUGCAUUUUGAUCCAGAGGCCAUACGUGACUUGAUUCUCCAACUUGACUACCCUUACACACAAGGCUCCCAGGACACAGCCAUGCUCCAGCUCUUGGAAAUACGUGACCGUGUGAACCGCUUGUCCCCUCCAGGUCAACAGAGGUUGGACCUGUUCACUUGUCUUCUCCGCCACCGACUCAAACUUACUGCCAGUGAGGUGGUUCGCAUUCACACCUCACUCCAGGCCUUCAGCUCACGUCUGCCCAAUUCCCUGGACUAUGAGACCACCAAGCUAUGCAGCUAACAGCUGCUCGAGGGAUUAAACAGCCACAAGAAGAAUUCCUGGACAUGUAAGUCAUGCCAUUGUGGUGCAGAUGUUUGUAACUGCUCUGUCCCUGUGGAUUAACAAACUGUCUGGUCCAUCAGGACGAGCUGUGAACAGCUGAAGAAUGUACCUGUCUGUUUUGGUUUCUGUUGUGUGGUGAUUACAUUCAGUGCUAUAUCAAAGAACAAAGUGGAUCUGCAAGAAAGGCACAACUCUUUCUCAAGAACAUUUCAUGUAACAAAAGAAACCAACAGUACAAAUGAUACAACUUAAAUACAAACCAUCCUCUUUCAGUAUGACUCUGCUCAUUUAUACUGCAAGUACCAUGGCCAAACUAAUGGACAUUAAGGUAAAAAUGGUAAAAUCUGUUUGUUUGUAAUUUUUAUAUGUUACUUUGCUUCAGUGACAGUGCACUUUCCAUGAAGAACAGAAUACAGUGGUGUCAGUCAAGAUUUUGUAGAUAAAUUGGUAUUAAAAACAUUAUGUUAAAACAGAU